AUGAGGAGCAUCUCAGCAACCUCACAGCUCGACAAGGAGCAGCUAGCACAGGCUCUCGACAAGAUCCACACCUCUGCAAGUCAGUCUGAUGUUCUGACGACGUUCAACGACUUCGGGCCUCCUCCUUCCACAGUUGCCGUUGCCGAAACAAAAGGUAGCGCCACAGAUAUUGUGCAGCAAGGUUUGAGUGGACUAUACAGCAGGUUCAAGGAGGCUGUCGGCGUGGCUGGCAAGGGGCCUCCUCAAGAUGGGCAGGAGGGCGAAACUCCAGCAUCGUCGUCCAAGAAGCCACUUACACCUCUUGCCACGACCACGAAUGAUUCUACUAAAGGUUCGAUGGCUUCACUUCCCAGAAGCGACACCGCCUUGACGACAUCUACAUUCGCCUCAGCGCCAUCAUCAGAUACACCGAGCGGCGCGCAUUCAGCUGGGCUUCUCCCUGUUGAAAAUCAUCAACAGGUUACUCAGUCCUCUAGGGCAUCAUCCUCAACAGUGGCAACCGGCUCGAAAACAACAUCUGCCAGUAGUCAGAACCUGCCUAAGAUGGCGAAGCUUUCGACCUCUACCGUGGCCGAUCCUGCUGUUGCGUCUGUUUCGGUCGGUGCUUUCAAAGAGGGUUCUCGGGUAUCCUCCAUCAAGACCGACCGCGUUGUUGACGAGCACACCCAACGAGGUGCAGCCCGGAGGAGUCUUGGUACGCCGACCGAUGGUGUACAGUCCGCCAACCUUUCGGCAAGCUCCAGUCUACAUGACGUGGCAGAAGUACCGAGUGGUGGGUAUAACGCCAAAUUACUCCAGCCGAAACGCGCUAGAAGGGAUGAUAGUAUCAGUGUUGAUGGCAGUCCUGACACACCUCUGAGCCCUGCCAAAAGCUCUACCCCUGCAAUUGCGUUGACCGGUACCUCUUCGGAGCUCAUGGCGUCCUCUUCCGCAUCGCGCCUUGCGUCAGCGGAGGCCCUCCGGAGGCCCACCGUGAUAGAUCGGAUAAGCAAAGCAGGCACGUCUGCUGGGACUCACUCCAGAUCAUCGUCGAUGGAUCCUGGCACAGCCGAGCCAAGUCCGAUUAGCACGUCUGCUCACAACUCCGUCUACCAUGACUCUUUCGCUCACGACGAAAAGCCAGAGCAGCUCAGGUCGGGCAAGUUCAGGAUACCCGGUACGACAACGGAUGAGGGCGCACCCGAAAUGGUCAACGCACGCCUUGAGAUUAUGCGGAACCAGGUUCUGAGCAAAGAAUUUUGGAUGGCCGACGAGACUUGCAAAGAAUGCUUUUUGUGUGGUGAUCCGUUUUCCGCAUUUCGUCGAAAACACCACUGCCGCACCUGCGGCUGCAUAUUCGAUUCCAAAUGCACGUCAACCAUCUCGGGGCAGAAGUUUGGCGUCACAGGAAACCUCAGAGUCUGCAAGACCUGCCUGAACAUUAUCAACCGUAGAUACGAAAGCGGUUCGGACGAUUCUGGAGAUGACACGUAUCUUCCUGCAAUUUUCCGCUCCAACACUGCCCGGCCUGGAACCGCGACGUCUCGGCUGAGGUUCGACGAUGAUUCGGAGAGGACGGACGAUGCAGGUAAUAAUCGCACUACAACGACGCCGAUGAUGGCCAUCCCGGCGACCCGCAGGCUUGGCGAUCCUUCCAAUCGACACUCGGCCAUCUUGGAGAUUGAUGCGCCUCAGCUCAGUCGUCCAGGUUCUUCUAGAUCUCUGAAAUCUCUUACCUCUGGGAGGCCCAUGUCCUCAGGUCAUAAACGCCAUCAUUCUAAGCACAACUUCCUCGGCAGAUUCAAGACAACCGCUGAAGAACGGGCACCAUUUCGCAGCGCGAUAUCUGAAGAGAUGCGCAAAAAGUCGAAGCUCCCUGCCUUCCACGACGACAACAUCAUCGACCCCGAGUUGGCGCCCUACAUGUCUGAUGAGUCUAGUGGAGACGAACAGAUGAGCAUAUUCGCUACGAUGGCCAGCAAUGACCUAACUCCGUCGAGCCUUGAUCCAGACAAGUCCAACUUCGGUCCGUUUCUCAGUGCUGGCAGAAAACAUCGUCUUCGACAAGGUGAAAAGAGUAUAAGUGGUCUCAGCUUCACGACUCGUGGACUUGAUGACGGCGGAGGCCUGACAGGAGCUAUGGGUCACGCUCGUCCAAACAGACGAAGAAACAUGAGCACCACCAGUGCCAGUCAGCACCACCUUCGCUCGCCGCGGCCGAAGUCUGCUGCUUUCAAAGGCCCGACCAACUCGACCGAUGCUCUUGGUCAUCUCGACCUUUCCGACGUGGUCGAAGCGACCAAGUUGACCAGAAGCAACUCUAUCAAGGAGGAUAAGGCCUCCGAUAGGAAACUUGGAUCCGCGAGUCUGGACCAUGUCAAGAAGCUUUUCAUCCAACUGCUUGAGGAUGCAGGCGUGCCCAACCCCCUUGCAUGGGAGAAGGCGCUUAUUCCCAUCCUUCUGAAGUGUUCCGAUGAUGUUGACCCGGAUAGUCGCGAAGGCGAUGCCAUGGACAUUCGCCAUUAUGUGAAGCUGAAAAAGAUACCGGGCGGCAAACCUGGAGACACUAGUUACGUUUCUGGCGUCAUAUUCACCAAGAACCUGGCACUCAAGAGCAUGCCCAGAAGCAUCAUCAAUCCCCGUAUCGUCAUUGUCACCUUUCCGAUCGAAUAUCAACGGCAUCAACAGCAACACUUCAUGAGCCUGCAGCCAGUCAUCGAACAGGAGAAAGAGUAUCUUCGGCUAGUGGUCAACAGAAUCAUCGCGCUCCGGCCGCAAGUCCUGCUCGCUGAAAGAAGCAUCUCGGGCGUGGCGUUACAAUUUCUAUCUGAAGCCAACAUCGCUGUCGCCUACAAUGUCAAAUCUGCAGUGAUAGAAGCCGUUUCAAGGUGUACCAAGGCAGAGAUCAUCUCGUCGCUAGACAUGCUUGCGCUGCCAACGAACGUGGGUACGUGCAGUGGGUUUGAAGUCAAGACAUUCGUGAACAGCGAUUUCCCGGGGCGGAAGAAGACUUACAUCUUCGUGUCCGGCUGUGACGAGAGCCUGGGGUGUACCAUCGCCUUGCGGGGUGCACCGACGCGUCUAUUGUCUCGCAUGAAGAGAAUCACCGAAUUCAUGGUGUAUGUGGUGUAUAACCUCAAGCUCGAAUCAUGCCUCAUGCGCGAUGAGGUAAUGAGUAUUCCUGGGGAAGACGAUGCAAUGAUCCCGGGAUCACAACAUACGGAGAAUGGCACUGCAGACUCAGAAGCCCCGGCCGAAGAUGAGUCUAGUGCUGCCAAUCCUUCCUCUCAACAGAAUGAUAGCCCUGUGCUUUCUCAGUCUAGCGAGGGGAGUCCUUCGGAUCAAGCCGAUGGCGUCUGCCAGGAGCCGACAUCGCAGAGCUUGGGAGAGCUACCUAUAGGGUCGGGUCCUCCAGCCGAGCCGCAGGCACAAGCCCCUCCGGAGAGCCAGGUUCCUGAAGAUGUGCCUGCACCAACUUUCUACAGCGACAUGGUUGCCAAGUACGAAACAAAGAUCCUGUCCGCCUCUCCAUUUGUCAAAUUCACACAGCCGUAUCUGCUCAUGAAAGCCCGCGAGCAGGAGAGGCGACUAGUGUAUCUCAAACGUCUCCGAGAUCAAGACAUUGUUGAGGAACAUGCUGAGAAUGAAAAGUCCAAACCGCGACGCUUCCAACUAAUACGUCCAGAGAUGGUACAUGAAAUCGGGCAGAGAGCGCCUCGGCAGAUUAUGGAGGUCCUUCACGCAGUACACGAUGCCGAGUAUGACAGGGCCUUGCACAAUUACCAGACCCAGACCCGACAGUGGGAGAACUACAUCCAGGGAAAUCUUGAUCUGUUUGACCCCUACUCUCACCAGAACAUAGUGGUUCUAUACUCUAUGGUCUGCACCGACACCAAGAUACCUUGCGCCGAGCCGGGGCUGAUUGCCAUCAGCUUCUAUGUCGAACAUCCAGACCCUAACGGCAACAUGGAUCCUGAUUGUACACUCGGCCAAUACAUCGAGGAUUUGUGCGAAAGCGCGGACGAGACAUGCCAUGCCAAUGGUUGCGAUCGGCCAAUGCAUCAACAUCACAGAACUUAUGUACACGAUGAGGCACGCAUAACGAUAUUUGUCGAGGACUCUCCCAUACCUGGCGGGAUUGAACCCAACAGUGACGAUAUCUUCAUGUGGACGUACUGCAAACAGUGCAAGCGAGAGAUGGGCCUGCAAGCCAUGUCUCAGAGCUCGUGGAAGUAUUCCUUUGGCAAAUACCUCGAAUUGUCCUUCUGGAGUAAGGGACUACAUAUGCACCACUCUACUAAUUGUCCACAUGACAACCAGAGAGAUCACAUCCGUUACUUCAACUAUCAUGGCAUGUCUGUCCGGAUACAUUAUGACCCUAUCGACCUCCUGGAGAUUGUGGUACCGCGAGCGCGUAUCACCUGGAAGGUUGACCACGAUCUGCGCUUGAAGAACGAGACCUUUACCAAGUCCGAAGAUCGCUGGAAUCGCUUCAUGAACUCAGUCAAGGCCAGGCUGAAGAGUAUCAGGAUCGACAGCGUACUUCCGGAGAAGACAGAUGCUUGCAAAGCCGAGGUCGACAGGCUGACCAAGAAAGCUCAGGACGAGCAGCCGGUCAUGGUUCGCGCCCUCCAGGAUGCUUACAUGACGUCCAAGUACUACGAAAUCAUCCCACUCAACGCAGUGCUCCGGGAGAUGCUUGAGCGGGUGGCUGAUUGGGAUUCUGCAUUCGCCAAAUUUGAGGCAGACUUCCUCUCGGACAAGGAUGUCAGGCAGCUCACUAUGAUUCAGCUGAAGAAAAUGUUCACAGACAACGAGUCCAAGGAGUCCCUCACUACGAUUGAUGGGUCUUCUGUUGUCUCCUUCGGCUCAGAAUCUGAAGAAAAGUCCACUGUGCCUACUUCUCAGGCCUCUGUGUCUGAUAUGAACGAGAAGACAAUGCCGCAAACCCCGAUGGACGAAGCUACUCCUGCGGGUGUGACGCCCAUCACCAUUUCUACCGAUGCCCCGAAAACGCCGGGCGUGGCGAGGGAUGGAUCGAACGAAGCAGCAAACAUUCUUGGGCGUGUGGAACCGCUGGACUUGGCUACUCCCCAGUCCCCUUCACUCGCUAAGAAUGCUCUUGUUCCUCCGGGCGCUGCAGACACCAUUCUGUCACCAAGCGGCCCAACUCUUAAUGCACCACAAUCUCCCCUGGGAGCAUCCCCAAGCCCUUUGCUCGAGGGCCAGCAGCUUCCAGCGCCGUCUCCCAUGACUUCGCAGCCUUCGCUCUCGGAGAAGGUCGAGCAGCUGAAGAAGGAGCACAGAGUCCAACCCGCUACAGAAAACGUUAGCGCAGAGACAACAUCAGAGCGGCAUCCAGAGCCAACGAGACUACCGGUCCCGGAGCGCGGUCCCUCCCGUAGAGCUGGUUCGACCGUGUCUCCGCCCAUGGUGCGUGCGAUUUCUCAGCCUGUUGGCACGCUCCCUCGAACGCAGUCCAGCAUUGGGAAGACAGCUUUAGGAAGAGAUCUCAAGGCUGCUGAGGGAGGUAUCGGGCCUGAUCUACAUAAAGUAGCCGCCGAUGGUACAAGCAAGAUUGACAAGAGGUUUCCCGAGCGCAUCGGUUUAGGGGCGUUGAAGACCCAGAGAAAGGCUGGCCAGUCGUCCAUACCCCGAUACGUGCACAAGAAAAAGGAGUCCAAGGUCUCGACUCUCGCAAAGCACUUCGAGCAGCUCAGCAGAGAGUUUGAGAAGGAGCGGAUGAGAGACAGGAAACAACGGGCUGCAAAAAUGAACCACCAGCGCGCCUUUCUGCCUCGGACAACGACAAAGGCCAUCGUUGAAGUCUAUCAAGACGUUGAUCAGGCUGUUCAAGAGCCUGGCCCCGACGAAGAACAUUUGCACGAACGCGACGGCGAUGGUCAGAAGUCCAAGCACAAUGCCUCCUUGGCCGACAAUGUUCCCUCCGUGGAGUCAUCCGCUACGUUGCCUGAUUCUGAUCAAAAUCUAACAUCUGAGCCUCCGUCUCAGACGGCGGAAGACAUCGACAACGUCAAACAAGCAGAGAGCCGUGUGAGCUCUGAUGAUGAGCACGAGAGUGACACUGAACAGUCACUGGAAGACAUACUGCCUGAUGUCGAGACCAUUGCAGAACAUUUGGAGCCGAGCGGCGAAGUGCCCCAGGAGCUACAGAAGGACAAGAAGUCUAACUUGAUGAAGAUGCUCACGAACUUCUGGGCCGAACGGUCGGCCAGCGGAUGGCCUCCGCUAGAAUACCCGCUGAAUGCCACUGAUCACAUCUUUAUUGACUCUGAUGUCAUUGUCCGCGAAGACGAGCCGAGCUCCCUCAUUGCCUUUGCUCUUGGCUCUGAAGACUACCAGGCCAAGCUCGCGGACAUUCGCCGGAAAUGGAAGAGACGCACACCCGAGAUUGGAGAGGAUACCUCUGGCAUUUCUGACCUCGAUGAUGCUACGAUCGACGAGACGGAGUUGGAAAAGAGCUUGUUGCGGGCCACCGGAACACACCUCAAGUAUCAGUUCAUCGAAGGCUCCGCAAGGAUGCUCUGCAAGAUAUUCUACGCCGAGCAGUUUGAUGCACUUCGUCGCAAGUGUGGCAUCGCUGACAGGAUCAUCGAAUCCUUGUCUCGCUGCCUUAAGUGGGACUCAAAGGGCGGCAAGACAAAGUCUGUCUUCUUGAAGACGCUGGACGACCGGCUGGUAAUGAAGUCACUAUCUCCAAUUGAGACAUCAGCCUUCCUCCGCUUCGCACCAGCGUAUUUCGAGAUCAUGGCAGAGGCACUCUUCCAUGAGCUCCCCUCGGUGAUUGCCAAGAUGGUAGGCUUCUUCCAGGUCAUCAUCAAGAAUCCUGUCACGGGCACAGAAAUUAAGCUUGAUCUGCUCGUGAUGGAGAACCUGUUCUACGACCGUUCAGAGACGCGAAAGUUCGACCUCAAGGGCUCCAUGCGGAAUCGCAAGAUCCAGUCGACCGGCGUGCAGGACGAGGUUCUUUUGGACGAGAACAUGGUCGAGUACAUCUAUGAGUCUCCGCUCUUCGCACGCGAGCACUCCAAGAAGUUGCUUCGAGCUUCUGUGUGGAAUGACACGCUUUUCCUGGCGCGGCAGAACGUCAUGGACUACUCGUUGAUGAUCGCGGUGGACGAGACCCGCAGGGAACUCGUCGUGGGCAUCAUUGACUGCAUUCGAACGUACACGUGGGACAAGAAGCUUGAGAGCUGGAUCAAGGACCGAGGAUUCGCCGGUGGUGGCCGCAACAAACCAACAGUCACAAGUCCAAAGGAGUACAAGUCCCGAUUCAGAGAGGCGAUGGCUCGCAGCGGCAGCAGCGGCAGGACUGCUGAUGACGGCCCUGCAGGUGACGCAACAGAGGAGAGAGUUAUGUACGGUGGGUGA